CGCCGGCGGGGGAGGAGGGUGCGCUCCGUCAGGCCGCCUCACGGUCUGCCCUCCAUCCCUCCCAUCAUCCCGCUCCUCCCUCCCUCCCGCACGGACGCCAGCUCGUCCUCCUCCUCCUCCUCCUCCUCCUCCAGGCAGCCGCCGGGCUUGCCCCCAGCCCCCCCCCCCCAACCCUGCAGGCGGUGCCCGCACGAUGCCCAUGCCCAGGAAGAAGCCCGACCCCAUCCAGCUCAACCCCACCCCGGACGGGGCCGCCGUCAACGGGACCAGCUCCGCCGAGACCAACCUGGAAGCGCUCCAGAAGAAGCUGGAAGAACUGGAGCUGGACGAGCAGCAGCGCAAACGACUGGAGGCUUUCCUCACCCAGAAACAGAAAGUCGGGGAACUCAAGGAUGACGACUUCGAGAAAAUCAGCGAGCUGGGAGCCGGGAACGGCGGGGUGGUGUUCAAAGUCUCCCACAAGCCCUCUGGGCUCAUCAUGGCCCGAAAGCUCAUCCACCUAGAGAUCAAGCCGGCCAUCCGGAACCAGAUCAUCCGGGAGCUGCAGGUGCUCCAUGAAUGCAACUCCCCGUACAUCGUCGGCUUCUACGGGGCCUUCUACAGUGACGGCGAGAUCAGCAUCUGCAUGGAGCAUAUGGAUGGUGGGUCCUUGGAUCAGGUCCUGAAGAAAGCCGGUAGAAUUCCAGAGCAGAUUCUGGGCAAAGUUAGCAUCGCUGUAAUAAAAGGUCUAACGUAUCUGAGGGAGAAACAUAAAAUUAUGCACAGAGACGUGAAGCCGUCCAACAUCUUGGUGAACUCCCGCGGUGAGAUCAAGCUCUGCGAUUUCGGGGUCAGCGGGCAACUGAUCGACUCCAUGGCCAACUCCUUUGUGGGCACGAGGUCCUACAUGUCGCCGGAGAGACUACAAGGUACUCAUUAUUCAGUGCAGUCUGACAUCUGGAGCAUGGGCUUAUCUUUGGUGGAGAUGGCUAUUGGUAGGUACCCGAUCCCUCCUCCCGAUUCCAAGGAGCUGGAACUGAUGUUCGGAUGCACGGUGGAGGGAGACGCUUCGGAGACGUCGCCUCGACAGCGGACCCCAGGGAGGCCCAUUAGCUCUUACGGCCUGGACAACAGACCCCCCAUGGCCAUCUUUGAACUGCUGGACUACAUCGUCAACGAGCCGCCACCCAAACUGCCCAAUGGAGUCUUCAGUCUUGAGUUUCAAGACUUUGUGAAUAAAUGCCUCAUCAAAAACCCGGCUGAGAGAGCCGACCUGAAGCAACUCAUGGUUCACACUUUCAUCAAGAGAGCCGAGGCGGAGGACGUGGACUUUGCGGGCUGGCUCUGCUCCACGAUAGGCCUGAACCAGCCCAGCACGCCCACCCACGCCGCCGGAGUCUAAGCGUAGCGCGCGAGAGGGGACAGACUGGCCGCCGGGCAGUCCCCGCAAUGCCCCCGAGGUCCUCUUUAACGAUGGCAUUUAUAAAGCGCUUACUAUGUGCAAAGCACUGUUUCUUGCGCUUUGUGUCCAAUCGGUUGUGUUGUUUCCCUCCUCCCCACCCCGCGCCGCACCCCUUCGGAGGAGGGCAAAGAACAUAAGCAUGUGCCAAAUUCUGUUCGUGUCGAUUUUGGUCCCCCGGGGUGGGGCUGGCAUCAUGCCCGGGGGCUGCCGUCGGUGGUGAUGACCAAACCGUGUGCAACGUGGAGUGCCAGUGAAACCCUUGGUGAACAUGGAUAGUCUUUGCUAUUGAAACUCACGCUGCUGUUCAUCUGCGCCUGUUGGGGUGGUGGCUUUUGGGAUUCUGUGACAUUUAAGUGGCGCUUCGUUCGCGCUGGCCCUGUCUCUCUUUCUCUCUCUCUCUCUCUCUCCCCCCACGACCACCCAGUGGGGCGGGAGGACUUGGAUCCUUCCCAGGCAGUGCACGUGAAGCAUGCUCUCCGUUGCUAUAUGAAAACGACAGCCAAAAAGUGGAUGUCACGGUUUUUUUGUUGGUUUUUUCUUUUUUUGGCUUUUCGUGUAGAAGUCAGAUGUCCCAGUUGAAAUCAAGCCAGAGGCCCUGACUGCCACAAUAGACAGGGCUGAAUCAGUCUACUGGGAUGGCCCGUAGGCUUCUGGUUAUAGCUCUAUAUUUAUUUUUAAAUAUACUGUGUUGGAUAUGCAGAAUUGUUUUAGUGGCCUGUCUCCAUUUUUUGACCGGUAUUUUAAAAAUAGUGGGUUGUUUUUUUUUUUUUUUGAAUGCCACACUGAUCAAGAUGUUACAAGCACAUCAGGCUUACCUUUCUCUUAAUCCAACUACAGAAUAUAUUGUAAGACAAUAGUGUGUAUAGUGCCUAAACUGUAUGAAAAUCCUUUUAACCAUUUUACCCUCAGAUGUUUAACAGAUCGAAUCCCUUCUUCUAAUAAAUAUAUUAUCAUGAUAAAAAAAAA